AAUGUUAUUUGGUUAUAUUUUAACGAGGUUAACCGACCGACUAGGAAAUGAAAAUUCAUGAAGUUUGGGUAGUGAAAAGAAUCAUCUGGUACCAAAUUUUAUAUCAAGGCUAUUGCACAUUUUCUUCCCUGCCAAGUUUCAACUCUGUCCAAGUCAAUUUCAUCCCCAACCCAAAAAUGGCAUCUCCAACCUGCUUCUACCUUCUUUUCCUCUCCCUCCUCUCUCAAACCCAACUCUCCUUUUCCACUACCUACACACAAAUCGAUCACGGCCGUCCGUUGGUCACCUCAAUCGCUGAUGUGCACGAUCUGCUGCCAAAGUACGGCCUUCCUAAGGGUAUCGUUCCCAACAACGUCAAGUCUUACACCCUUUCAUCCACCGGAGACUUCACCAUCGAGUUGGAAAGCACCUGCUAUGUUCAGUUUGAUGACCUUGUUUACUAUGACAAAACCAUCAGUGGAAAGCUAAGUUACGGGGCUGUGCACGAUGUGUUUGGGAUUCAAGCUAAGAAGCUCUUCUUAUGGUUGCCUGUUACUGGUAUUGAGGUUAAUGGCAAAUCAGGUAUGGUUCAGUUCUUCGUUGGAGCUUUUUCUAAGGAGUUUCCAGCUGUACAGUUUGAAGAUAUUCCGGUUUGUAAGAGGAAGGCUGUUCUGAGGGCUGACCUGUUUGCUUCUAUGUGAAUUCGGGACUGGUUCCUUGUUCCAUUGCUGGUGGCGGCAACCUUACUUGCCUGUUUUAUUUCAUGCCCCCAUUUAAGACUUCUUGUUAGCUCAAUAAUUUCUUUGAAAGUCCCUUACUAUAUUUGUGGUACAUAAAUUUGUAUGUUUGUUUCCGUCAAACUAAAUGAUUGAUCAGAAAAGUCAUGAAAUUUGUCUUGUAUAUGUAAGAUUUUCCAUCAUUUAUUUAAUGAUGAAGGAAAAUUACUGUGUUAA